UGUAGUUCAGUUUCAGGACAUCAACAGACAGUGAAGAAGGAGAAAUGUGCUGGAUUUUUACACAUUAGCCUGCUGCACGGUUGCUAAGUAACCACUUCUGCGAUUCCUGUGUUUAUAUUAUGACUUUAUAGUAAUACUUUUUUUACACACAGAUUUUUUUUCGACAUUAUAUGAUGUUUAACUGCCACAUAGUUCCUUUUUUUGCAAGACUGCUUUUGUAAAUAAUUAAUUAAUAAUGGUUAAUUGUGUUUGUUUAUUUUGACACGGUUGCUUGUUGCACUUCCGGUCUCGUGCGCGGAUGUUUCUGGCGGUCCGUUCGGUAUGCGCGUGCACACCUCAGACCCAUCGGUAUUUUUGGAGUAAAAUCAUAAAAAAAAAUAAAAACAAUGAACACAAGCUCGCGUUACUUCAGCAGGGAGAGGAGGAAAGUCGUGUCAGAUCUUCCUCGAGCGGCUAAAAGUUUAUUAUUAAAUCGAAGAGGAAGGCGGAGAAUGGUGGAGGAAAGUUCUGCAGGGAUUAAAGAAGAACCCGAGGAGGAGGAACGUACCAUUUCCGAAGCGGAGGGGUCAUCUCAAGGGCAGUGUUGUUUAGAAAAGCCCUACGUCACAGCCUCACUUUGCACCACCGCUGACCCUGGGGAUGACCACGCCCCUUUGAGACCAGCUCGCACCUUGAGGAGGGGCCACGUUAAAGUGGAGUAUGAAGACAAGGCGGGACCCUGCGUCAAGAAAGAGCGCUGGGAGCCGCCCGAUUGGAGGAGACAGCUGUCCUUCAUCAGGGAGAUGCGGAGUGGACGGGAUGCUCCUGUGGACCAGAUGGGGGCGGAGAAGUGCUACGACCCUCAGGCUCCACCCGAGGUGAUGCGUUAUCAGGUGUUGGUCUCUCUGAUGUUGUCCAGUCAGACGAAGGACCAGGUGACGGCUGCAGCCAUGGAGCGCCUGCGUGCCCACGACCUCAGUGUGACCUCCAUCCUCAAAAUGGACGAGGACACACUGGGCAGACUGAUCUACCCCGUGGGCUUCUGGAAGACGAAGGUGAAGUACCUGAAGCAGACCACAGAGAUGAUCCACCGUGAGUUCGGAGGCGACAUCCCUGACACGCUGGAGGGUUUGGUGCGUCUGCCCGGGGUCGGCCCCAAGAUGGCGCACCUGGCCAUGGCCAUCGCCUGGAAACGGGUGUCCGGCAUCGGAGUGGACACACACGUUCACCGGAUCUCUAACAGACUGGGAUGGACUCGGACCACCACCAAGAACCCGGAGGAGACCCGGCGAGCGCUGGAGGAGUGGCUACCAAGAGACCUGUGGUGUGAGAUAAACUGGCUGUUGGUGGGUUUCGGGCAGCAGGUCUGUUUACCUGUCUCACCCUUGUGCUCCAUCUGUCUGAACCAGCACACCUGUCCCUCAGCCCACGCCGCCUCACCGACCCGCAGGCCCAAACCUGGCUCUCCACUAUCUCCCGGGGGGCCUGCUGGACCACGAAAGAUCCCUAAAACGAAAUCGGAGGCGUCGACGCAACAGAUCAAGGAGGAAGCCUUCUCCGUUCCUCUCUCCCUGAAUCACCCACAGCCGGAGAGCGACAGAGACCAAGCAGGUGAGCCAGAGACCGUGAAAGAGGAAGAGGCGAAGACGAGGACAAAAGCGGGAAGGAGAAAGGAAGAGAAAAGAGACGGAGGGAAGACGGAGUGUCCUCGGCUACGGAGGAGAAGUAGAGAGUGUAGGCACUGAUGAAGCUGCAUGUUAUCGUCGUUUGGAGCAGACACAGACGUGUUCAUGUCCAUCACAGCCCUGAGCGAGGGACUGCACAAACUCUCCUCUUAUAUGUGUAUGAUUUUCUC